CGGAUUUUUUUUCAGGCUGGUGUUGAACCGCACUGGUGUACAUGUUUGAAUUGGCAGGACGCUCUAACAUUACCUAGCGAUCGAGCGAUAGCAGAGCAGCUCGCGGAGGCGAUUGUGGAAGUGAUUAAUCGGCAACUAAAGGAUGUUUUCCACUUAUGUGCCAAGCUGAACUUGAAAAAACUAAUGGGAGCGAAAAAAUUAGUACCGAAUGAAGGAGUGUUGAAGUACAAAAAUGUGAAGGACGCGGAUGGUUUUGUUCCCGAUUUAAGCGGUAAAACGGAGACAGCUUUCGCAUACUAUCAGAUCAAACUACAAACACAACCUGGCGACGCAAUUUACGAGGUGACGCUGUUGUACAACUUCAAAAUGAAGGAGGUUCAUAUCGAUCUCACUUCUAUCAGUCAUCCAAACAAAUUUGGUGACAAACCACACUGUAUCAUAGAUAAGAAUUUCUUUCUUGCUACUUAUUGUGUGUGUCAUGAUAAGAUUUGA